UCGAAUGGUAGCCGGAAGUGGGGGGGCCGCGCGUGGCUCUCUCGCGGGGCCCGGAGCGGAAGGGUUUGGAUGUCGGACCGGCUUCCGGCGCCAGUCAGAGCGAGCGAUGCUGGCGCAGCGCGUGGGGCGGGCGGUCGCCGGGGGACUCCUGCGGCAGAGCUGCCGGCGGGCAGUGGCCCCGGGGUGGCUGGCCCCGGCGGCGCCCCAGAGGGGGCUCUCCAGCCUGCCCAUGAACACCGUGGUCCUCUUCGUGCCCCAGCAGGAGGCCUGGGUGGUGGAGCGCAUGGGCAGGUUCCACCGCAUCCUGGAGCCGGGGCUGAACUUCCUCAUCCCGCUUCUGGACCGCAUCCGCUACGUUCAGAGCCUGAAAGAGAUUGUCAUCAAUGUGCCAGAGCAGUCGGCUGUUAGCCUUGACAACGUGACUCUCCAGAUAGACGGCGUCCUCUACUUGCGCAUCAUGGACCCCUACAAGGCGAGUUAUGGAGUGGAGGACCCGGAGUAUGCAGUGACUCAGCUGGCCCAGACCACCAUGCGCUCGGAGCUGGGCAAGCUCUCCCUCGACAAAGUCUUCCGGGAGCGCGAAUCCCUCAACGCCAGCAUCGUGGACGCCAUCAACCAGGCCUCGGACUAUUGGGGCAUCCGGUGCCUGCGCUACGAGAUCAAGGACAUCCACGUGCCACCCCGUGUGAAGGAGUCCAUGCAGAUGCAGGUGGAGGCUGAGAGGCGCAAGCGGGCGACGGUGCUGGAGUCCGAAGGAACGCGGGAGUCCGCCAUCAAUGUGGCCGAGGGACAGAAGCAAGCGCAGAUCCUGGCUUCCGAGGCAGAGAAAGCAGAGCGGAUCAACAAUGCUGCCGGAGAGGCCAAUGCCAUGCUGGUGAAGGCUCAGGCCAAAGCAGAGGCGAUUCGACUCUUGGCAGCUGCACUGGCCCAGCAGAAUGGCAGUGCAGCGGCUUCCUUCUCCGUGGCUGAGCAGUACGUGGGUGCCUUCUCCAAGCUGGCCAAAGAGGCCAACACCAUCCUGCUGCCCUCCAACACCGGAGAUGUUCCCAACAUGGUUGCCCAGGCCCUGGGGAUCUACGCCAGCCUGAGCAAGCCCCAGCUGGCAAAGGCUGCAGAAGACACAGCGCUCCCUGACCACCAGGCCCAGCAGCCUUCAAGCAUAGAGUAUCCUGAGCCCCAGCAGCCGCGGACCAGCUAACAGAGAAGCUCGCAGGCACGGAUCGUGGGGACAGUCCUCCUCACUUGUGCCUGCUGUCCAUGGGCCCUGUAGCCCUUGUGCUCAGACUCUUAUUCCUCCCCCACUUUGCUUUAUUUUCUAAUUUCAAUUUAAUCAUGGAAUAAAAGGAGAUGGCCUGGG